AGACACUCGGAGAAAAGAGAUGAAGGGUACUUCCCAGGUAAUAAUGGGAGCAACACUAAUUGUGGUUGUGAGCAUUGGCAUAGUACUAGGACUGGUUUUGGUCCUGUUGGCUCAGCUCUACUGCUCUCUUUUACUCCGCCGCAGACGGCCACUGCGAGCUUCCACUUCCAACAUUCCCAACUCCAGAGCUGCCGCCGCCUCUAAUGAUGGCUCCCCGGAACAUGAUCAGGACCUUUCGGGAACUCCAUCUCUCAGUGCCUUCUAUGCUCAUGGCGUUCUGCAUGCUCCACGAAACUUCCUCUUCCCCGCAGUUUAUGGCAACGAAAGCAAUGAGGACCUCGAGAAGCAACGUGAUUCUCAGAUUCCUAAUCAACAACCGACCUCUAGCCCUAAUGAACUACACCGGCAUGUCUUUUCUCUACCAUCAUCGCCUUCCUUUGUACCCCUGGCACCACCAAGACUCAUUCAUGAGGCACCUCUUGACAGUACAAGCACUCGCAACGAUGAAUUUUGUGGUGGGAGCAGUAAGGAAACUUAUAUAUACAUAAGCAAUCCGAUUUAUGACAAUGUUGGCAACAGGCCUAGCAGGGUGGCUACCCCAUUUGAGACGCCUGAUUCAUCACCGUCUCGUCUAGACACCAACUGUUCUUCUGGAGAAGAUGAUAACGAUAAUGCUAAAUCGACGACUGCGUCUAGUCCUUCCUCACUUCCAAUGACCCCUCCAUUAUCUCCGAUAAAAAAGCUUCCAGCUCAGGCAUGUUCAAUUUCUUUGAGGGACGCUCGUUCCCUUGCCACCUCCGGUAGUGAUUCCAAUAAUGAGGGCAUUUCGUCUUCAUCAACUUCAGGGUCACCGUGUACUUCUCCUUCGUGGUAAAAAUUUAGGUAUCCGAAUUCCCACGUUAGUU